GACAGAGUCUUACUCCAAGCCUCACUCCAAGACUCCUUCCCAGUCUCUCUUUUCGCUCUCCUUUCUUUUACUCUCUACUUCCAUUCUAAAGCUCUUUUUUCCGAAGCAUAAACUCGAAGGAAUAUAAACUUUUCUGUUGUUGUUGUUAACCAUGUGAUUCUUUUUUCUAUUUUUAUGCGGGAAACAAUCACAAGCACAGGCAAUGUUUUCUAUCAAUCAAUCAAUUUCCACUUUUUCAACUCUCUUGCUCAAAUAACCAGUGAAAUGCCUGAAAAAGUGUCGCAUUCCAGUGAUUACCAUUAUCAUCGUUAGCCAACACAAUAAUAAUCAAUAUCACCGUUCAAAUUGUUCAUUUGGAUCAUCAAAUUACCCAAUUAUCAAUUGAAGGAUAGGGAAGAAGGAAAAGCAAAAGUGAAAUGCCCAGAUCGUUUUUGGUUAAAAAAGCAAAGCAUUGUGAUCAUCACCACCACCACCACAACCACCACCGACAUCAUCAUCACUCUUCUUUCUUUUCACCAAACCUACUCCCAGCCAUCGGACCUCCAACACCUCCAAGUCAAGGAGCUGCCCAUGAAAAGUUCAAUUUACCUGAUGAUGAUGUUCGUCCCAAAGUUAGAGUUGAACUGUGCUAUAAAGAGGAAAAGACGUUAGACCUGAGUAAGAGACAUUCAGAUAAAUCGGAUGAACUUUUGGUUGAUGAGGUUACACUAACAUCGACCAGCAGUAAUGAUGAUAAAUCCAUUCAAACGGUAACUUUGACAGCGGUUAAUCCAGUUUCACUGCCAACACCGGCCAGUACACCUGAACCAUGUAAACCAGUGAGCGAUACGGAAAUUGAGAUUGAAUUAUCAGAUACAUGUACCAACACGAGUGACAAUGAACCAACCACACUGGUAACACUGACGUCUAAGCAACCUUCACUUGUCUAUCCACCUUCAUCUUCCUCGUCUUCAUCAUCGUCUUCUUCUUCUUCUUCCUCGUCUUCUUCUUCCUCUUCUUCAUCAUCAACCUCAUCUUCCAAAUCUUCUUCGACAAUAAUAACGAGUAAAUCAUUGGCGACUCCAUCAACAAUAAGCUACACUUAUGACACUUUUUUCAUGACUGACGGUCGUUCAAGGAAAAAACAACAAUCGAGUAAAAUUUCCAUUCUCUCGCCAGGUAGUCAUGAUAGUUCAGAGACACUGAUACCAAAAGAUUCGGGGCACAGUCGAUCCACUGAAAGUGUCAAGAGUAAAGGUCAAAGUGGUCUUUCAUUUAAUGGGUCUGAUGGUGAGACUGGAAAUGAUGGUAACACUAGUAGUGGUUCACUAAAGGAGAAACAGCGUUACACUUGCAGUGAAUGUGGUAAACAUUAUGCUACUUCAUCCAACCUUUCCCGUCACAAGCAGACUCAUCGAAGCCCUGAUUCCCAGUUGGCUCGUAAGUGUCCAACUUGUCACAAGAUAUACGUCUCUAUGCCAGCCUUGGCUAUGCAUGUUUUAACCCACAACCUUAACCACAAGUGCGAUGUUUGCGGUAAAGCAUUCUCACGACCCUGGCUUCUCCAGGGUCACAUGAGAUCGCAUACCGGAGAGAAACCUUUUGGAUGUGCUCAUUGUGGUAAAGCAUUUGCUGAUCGUUCCAAUUUAAGGGCUCACAUGCAAACACAUUCAAGCCAUAAAAGCUAUAGGUGCCAACGUUGCAAUAAAUCGUUUGCUCUUAAAUCUUACCUUAACAAACAUUACGAGUCGUCCUGUUUCAAAGAAAUGCCUUCAAAUUCAAUGCCUUCAUCACCGGCCUCAUCGGUAUCAUCAAUAAACUCGCAUAUAACAAAAGCUUCAUCCGACUGGGGAAGUGAACGAGACAAGGGAGUUAAAGAUAUUUAAUCGCAACGAUAAUGACUAUAACAGCAAGUCAAUGAUGACCCGAAACUCGAUGAGGAAAAAAAAGAGACUCGGCAAAGAGAGCAUUUUAUCCUUCAAAGGUCAAGUUAUAAAUAUAUAAAUAGAGAUGUAAACAAGCAUAUGAAUAAGAAAAUAUAUAAAGACGAAAAUUUAGGGAAAAAAAGUUGAGAAAAAAAAACGAUUAUCAACUGGUUGAUAUGCAAAUGGGUAUCCAAUUAUGGAGCAAAAGCAACAUGCAACAUCACUUUGAAUAUGCAAAUGAUAAUCUUUCAUUGAAAGAGAUUUUUUCUUCUUCUUCCAAAACAAGUGAACGAUUUGACGAGCUUGAACUUGGAACCUGAAUUGGAAAUUUCACUUCAACAAUCGACGAAAGCAAUAAUUGUCUUCUUGGUCAAACAAAGCAAAAACUCUCAUCAUGUAAAGUUGAUCACUAUUCAUUUUGUAAGAAAGCAACGCAAGAAAAAAGCAGAAUCUAAAUUGCUGACGAAAAACACAAAAAAGAAGAACCUUUUCCCUCUAGAUUGGACGUUUGAACUUUUAAUCUUUUCCCUCGACCCCUUGAAACGUUCAAAUUGGAAAACGGAGAAAUAUAUUUUUCUUUCAAAUCUUUCUCCUUCUCCUUAGUAAUACUAUUGAUAGUUGAAAUAUUUGACUCUUCAUCAUCAAAAUUUUGAUCCUUUUAACCGUUUGAUAAUCACUAUUAAUUAUGAAAUUAUUUUAUGCAAGUUAAUCCAUGCAAAGAAAAUGAAUUUUAAUGCAAAAUCUGUAAAUUAUAGAAACUCAAAGAAUGCAAAUCUUUAUCUCUGUAGUCUGAACUUCAUUCUCUCAACAUUCUCAUCUCGACUUGAACUGAAACUCAAACUUGUGCUGAACCUUGUCAACCAAUUUCUUUACCAACAACAUUCAAAACAAUCAAAUUUUCAUGCAAAUGUUGGUCGAGAAAUAAAGCAUGACGGUAAUGAGUUUGAAUCUUAACAAGUAUCGAAUGGUGAUGUUGACCGAGACUUGAACAGACCCAAUCACAACUCGCUAUGCAACAAACAAGGAAGAAGAAAGAAAGUAAAAAAAGAUGAAAAUCGUUUCAACGAUUCAUGGUUUACGAAAGUUCCGUUCAGAUGGAAAGAAAAGUCAGAAAUUUUUUAAAAAAAUCAUGCAUGCUAUCAUAUGCAAACGAAUAAACUCUUUUCAUAACAAUAAUGCAGCUCCAAGUUGAAAAGAGUAUUACAAUUUUAUCAUUUUUUUCUUCUUUCCUAUUCUAGUUUCUCUCUUGUUUCAACCCAUGUUCAUUUCCUGUUGAAUAUAAAAGAUAAUAAUUCAGAUAUUAUUGUAGAUAAUAGCAGAAAUCAGCGAAAUUCCAAAUAUCUAUACAUGCAUAUAUAUUAUACAAGUAAUAUAAAUAAUGUAUUCAACAAGAAAAUGAUAACUUUAGAUAAUCAAGGUAUGCAAAAAGAAGAAUGCAAGAAAGAAAUGGAAAGAAAAGAAAAGUGAGAAAAGAGAAAAAAAAUCGACUCAAAUUGAUAUAUGCACAUAAUAAUGUAGAUUAAAGUAACGAUAUAAUUCCCAUUGAAGUGGAGUGAAAAAAGCUUACAGAAAAUAAAUCAACUUGAGAAUUGAUAAACUUUUUUUUCUCUUCUUUCCUUGUAAAUUAAUCGUUUGUUUGGGUUACGAGAUAUUGAGCUUUACUUUAACCUGACAGACACUCUUGUUAGGUUGACAUCAGCAACAUGGAUAGGCUCUUGACUCUGCAUUAUUUUGCCUUCAUCAUUACCACAAAAAGAUGAAGAAAAUGAUUGAGAGCUCAAGAGGUGUAAAGGUAAAGCUAGUCAAAAGGUGUUCACUAAUGAAUAGCAACAAGUAUAUAUUACUAAGAAUACUAAUAAAUAUUGAAAAAAAUGGUUGACCGUCUUGAAUGGAUUCAAGAGGAGUAGCCAAUGUAUUACAAAGCAAUAACAAACUUUGACAAUCGAGCAAUAACUUUUGUCUUUUUCCCCUUGGUCGAUAUCCAAAUGUAACAUCGCAUGCAAUCAUGUAAAUCUAUCAAUAAUCAAAACUAAUGCCACCAAAUAAUAAUCGUAAUAAUAUGCAAAAGGUUUAAACCUUGAGAUGUAAUGUACAGAGCAGUUAUUAGAUUGCCACAAGUAGACGGUAACUUGACAUAAUGAAAGAGCACUGGUAAUGUUCAACUUUUCACUUGUCAAGUGAGUUUUAAUUUUCAAUGCUAGUCAAUGCUCAAAGAUGAAAAUGAAAUUUUCUCCUGUUUUACCUUUUCUCUUUCUUCUUUCUCUCUCCCUCUCUUUGCCUAUUGCAACUGUAAAAAGUUGAAGGCUUCAAAGUCUUGAUAAUUAUUAUGCAUGUCCAUCACCUGAUUGAAUCUAAUUAUGCGUAGAGAAAGAAGAAGAAUAAAGAUCAAACUAAAGUUUCAUUUUCUCAUUUUCCUGUCAAUUUUUUUCCCUCGUCAUUUUACUCUCUAAACUUUAUGUAAAAGCGCAUUAAUAAUAUGCUAUUAAAAGAUAUUUCAAUUGUGUGCUGGGCAAUAAUGUGCAAAGCAAUAAAAUGUGCGAUGAAAAAUGCAAAAUAAAAUACUGUUUCAAUGUAAAGCUGUUAAUAAUUGCAUUGCACUUAAUCCUUUCAUUCCCAUUUCAUCUUCUCUUAACCUUUCUCUGUAUUCCAAAAAAUUCUGUAAAACAUUCAAUUAAAACGAAAACAUGUAAAACUUGAUUUUCAUAAUUAAAACAUCAACUUCUUGGUAUAA